AUGCUAAGUGCAGGUGCUCGUAUCGGAGUACCUGUAACCAAAUCUGUCUCCAACGUGUGGAAAACUACGGUGGAAAGCAAGGUUUGGUUUUACAGCUGCUCAAGUGAUGCCUGGGUGUCCUGCACGUGUGAUGUCACCACGCAGGGGACCCUGCUGCUGGCUGCUGUCCAGAUGCCAUGGAAAAUCCACUCCCCCCUGCGCCGUUUGGAGUUCAGGGUCUCAUCUAUCCGACUAGCUCAGAAACAGCCGCUGCGAUUCAGCUGUGGGGUCGUUGCUACUCGCGGGGACGAGACCUGCAACCAUCUGCGGGGCUUAACUGUGGUUUCUGUCUGCAUAGCAACACGCUCAGCUCUGACCCCUCACGUGGGAGAAGCCAAUCCCCAAAACGCCCCAUUGGAACUGCUGAGUUUACCAUUCCUCUCCCUCUGUCUUCCCUUCCCAUCUCUUUUCCAGCUGAAGCUGUGGAACAAGUACCGAGUCUCCAACAUUCCUUCCCUGAUAUUUAUCGAUGCCGCCACUGGGAAGGUGGUCUGCAGGAACGGCCUCCUGGUGAUCCGCGAUGACCCUGAAGGUCUGGAGUUCCCCUGGGGGCCAAAGCCCUUCAGUGAAGUUGUUGCUGGGCCUCUGCUAAGGAACAACGGCCAGUCGCUAGAUAGCAACGUCCUGGAGGGCUCCCAUGUCGGGGUCUAUUUCUCAGCACACUGGUGCCCGCCUUGCCGAAGCCUCACGAGGGUCCUCGUGGAGUCCUACCGGAAAAUCAAGGAGGCAGGGCAGAAGUUUGAGAUCCUCUUCGUUAGUGCAGACAGGUCGGAGGACUCCUUCAAGCAGUACUUCAGCGAGAUGCCCUGGCUGGCGGUGCCCUACGCGGAUGAGGCCAGGCGGUCGCGCCUCAACCGACUCUACGGCAUCCAAGGCAUCCCGACUCUCAUCGUGCUGGACCCCAAGGGAGACGUGAUCACGCGGCAGGGGCGAGUGGAAGUGCUGAACGACAUCGAGUGUCGCGAGUUCCCCUGGCACCCCAAGCCCGUGCUGGAGCUGACGGACUCCAACGCCGUGCAGCUCAACGAGGGGCCGUGUCUCGUCCUCUUUGUAGAUUCGGAGGACGACGGCGAGUCCGAGGCGGCCAAGCAGCUGAUUCAGCCCAUAGCCGAGAAGAUCAUCGCCAAGUACAAAGCCAAAGAGGAGGAGGCCCCGUUGCUCUUCUUCGUGGCCGGAGAGGAUGACAUGACCGACUCGCUGCGGGAUUACACCAACCUGCCCGAGGCUGCGCCCCUGCUCACUAUCCUCGACAUGUCCGCCAGGGCCAAGUACGUGAUGGAUGUGGAGGAGAUCACGCCGGAGAUCGUGGAAGCCUUUGUGAGCGACUUUCUAGCAGACAAGCUAAAACCCGAGCCCAUCUAGGGGGCUUUCCGCGCCCACAGACGUUAUUUAAAACUAGGUCUCUCUCCUGCCGCUCGUGGAUUCUCCAGCGUGUUCUCACGCCCGACCCAGUAUCCAACCUUCUUGUGGUGCCUUGUUUUACGCAGUGAAUCCUUCUCCUAAGCAAACUCCUUGAGAUGCACUUUCAGCAGGGAGUCGUUGGCGUUUGGAGACAGCGCUUGUGCUUCAUGGUGAUAUAUUCUCUAAUAACCAGGCCAGAACUGUUCCCGUAUUGUUAUUUUAUACACGGCACUAGCUAGCAGGCAAACCUUCUCGCAUGGUGUUCUUCCCAGCGUACGCAUCAGGCGGUGGACGGGGUUCUCGGGGCUCUUUUCUUCUCCUUUCCUCUCCUCCAACCCUUGCAGACUAAACUACUCCAAGGAAGCAAUAAGGAAACUGUCCCCUUUGGCCCUCGCCCACCUUCCCUUCCUGUUCGAGUGCCCCAACAAGGCCAAGCCAAAGUCUUAACUGCUGAUGCCCUCUGAAAGA